AUGACAGAGAACAAUAAUAAUAAUAAUAAUAGAACUGAGGAAGAGAAACCUACGGUAUGUCUAAGAGGAGGUGGUAAAGUCAAAGUUGUGCCAUUAGAACAAUUAAGAAGACCUCAUGCCGUAAGUUUUAGUCCGAACUUUAUGGGAAACAGUGGAUGGACCAAUAAUUCUGGUGGAUUGGUAUUAAAUGAUGGGCAUCGACCCUCUGUUGAAGUUAACAAAAAGCCAAGAGAGGAAGAAGAAAAAGAAGAAGAAAAGAAGUCAUAA